UGGGCGGGCGGGCUGCGCGGAGGAGAGGGCUCCAGUGAGGGGCAGGCAUGGGACUCGCACAGGGUGGGUAGCGCUCGAGUCCCAGCUCCAGGCCUCGCCUGACCCCCAGCAGGCACCGGGAUCUUCCUGAACCACUGUUCACCCUGCUCAAUCCAGCCAGGGAGCGAGUCCUCCACUUUUGAAGGUGCCCCGACCUCUCCCACCAGGCCCCAGGCUGGCCCCCGGGCCUUUGUGCAGCUGGGCCUGGCGCAGGGUCUCCUGCAGAUGGAGACCAACGGCCUGACUCCCUUCGCGCUGGGCCUGCUGCUGCUGCCCGUCCUGACCACACUGCUGGCCGCACUGUGUGCUCGCUGCCGAGAGCUGCCCGUUUCCAACGACAUGGAUUCUGCAGACAGUUUGUACCCACGGAGCAUCCUGAUCAAACCACCCCACCCGCCUGCCCACUAUCUACCCGUGACCUCUUACCCGCCUGUGAUCUCCUACCCACCCCUGACCCGACCAGACCAGCUCCCCAUCCCAAGGUCCCCACAGCCCUUCGGGGCUUCCCAUCGGCUGCCAUCUCCCCAGCAGGACUCAGAUGGUGCCAACAGCGUGGCCAGCUAUGAGAACCAGGAGCCAGUAUGUGAGGAUGAGGAAGAAGAUGAAGAUGAGAAUGAUUACCCCAAUGAGGCGGGCUACCUGGUAGUCUUACCUGACAGCACCCCAGCCACCAACCCUGCCGGCCCCUCUGCCCCUGGGCCCAGCAGCUCUGGCCUUCGAGACAGCGCCUUCUCCAUGGAGUUUGGUGAGGACUAUGUGAACGUCCCUGAGAGCAGCGAAGCGUCCCUGGAUGGCAGCCGGGAGUAUGUGAACGUGUCUGAAGAUCUGCCGCCAGAGUCUCGGACGGAGCCUGCCGCCCUGCGCCCCCUGGAGAUGGAGGAAGAAGAAGGAGAGGCUCCGGAUUAUGAGAACGUGUAGGAACUGAACCCGGGCCCUGGUGAGUGGCCUGGCUGCCGGCUCAGGCCCUCCCUGAGGACUUCUUUCCUGACCACCCCAAUAUCUAGGCCUGCGCCCCAUGGUUCUGAGGCCCUCCGGUCCCCCCGGCCUCCUGAACUCACCAUUGUGUGGCAGCUGAGACAUCCCAGAAGCAACUCUGGGGAGGGCUGAGCAGGCGGCCUGAGAACCCCUAACUUAUUGUCACUUCUUCGGGGUCCAGUCUGUGUCCCCGACACUCUGCACCUUCUGACGCUCUGCCUGAGAAGGAAGUUCUCUGUCCCAGCCCCCUCUGUGUCAUGGAAUAAAGGACCCCGAGGUCUGAA